AGCCAUUUCGGAAGCAAUCCUCGGCAGUGCUUCCGCGUAGUUUUAGAUUCCGCUUUCUUGCCUUGGCAUCGCAAUGUCUCGCAGAAGCACGGGCAACAGCUUGGGCUCCCUGAGGCCGGGGGAUCGCGUCGAUAUCUUCCGCAAGGAAUGGUUGGAGGCAGAGGUAGAAAGUGUGGUGGACGGUAGGGUGAGCAUCCUUUUUUUGCGAGCAGGGCUUAACGAAACGCAAGAGUCUGCAUGUCCAUGACGACAACCUCCGUAUUCCGCCAGCCAUCAUCCCUCCACGCGCUGCGGUCAGCCCACGGUCUCGGCCGUCUUUUCUAGCCAUCGAUGUGACUGGCGAGAUGCAACAAUUGCAGCGUUCUUCUCCCACUAUGUGGGCAAUGACGCUUGUUCAGUGGAACCAGUUCAUCGACUUUUGCAAGAGCACUCCAAAAUGGCAGGAAAUCAAAAACCAGAACGGUCAUGUGAACCUCUACGACAUGAACAAGCACUUUGUGAUCCCAUGGACGCGCGGGACAGGCUGCAGUGUCGCAGUUUUGAUGAACAAGCACACCCCAUUGGAGGCAAAGGUGAUGCUCUCCCAUGCAUGGGCCGAGGAUAUGGAGGAGUGCCAGGAGGCGCUCAACAAGCAUUUCGAUGAUGAACACAUCGCGGAGGACACCGCUGUGUGGUUCUGCGGCUUUGGAUUAUAUCAGCCGGAAGAUGCGCACGGCCCCACAAUCCAAGAGCAAAUCGAGUUGCAGCCAUUCACAAAAGUCAUUGCUUCGGAGUCCGUGAAGACCACUUCUGGCCGGAUGAUUGCAGUCCACACUACUCGUGCUGACCUCUGGGAGAGACUGUGGUGCGUGCGUGAAGUUCGGGAAGCAAUGAGCCUCGACGUCACAAUUACUGCGGCCAUGUCGGAUGCAUAUGGGGAGACGUUCAAGAAGAAGUACAGCAGGAUUGUUAACGUAGGUGGUGGCCACAAAAGUGCCCUGAAAGUUGCAGGAGUGACCGUCGACACGGCAAAGGCGAAGUGUCGCGACGAGGACUCUGACAUGCUCUUCGAGAAAUUGUUCGAACAUUGUAAAGGAGGGGAUCUCCAAGCUAUCGACGACGCUACCAGCAAUCUCCGAGCAAGCUUGGUUAAUCAUCUUGCUUUGGAAGUUGCGUUAGACGCUGCGAAAAGUGGCAAGCCGCAAGCGCUCGUGGACCUCGUGAAGCUCGGGGAUUUGGAGGCCGUUGACGGGCUCCAUGAGGUAGCCGACGCUGGGGGCGAGCAGGCACGCGAUGCCUUGUUUGAUGUGCUUCAGUCCAUCGCCGCAGCGAACAAGGAUCACAUGAAGCACGGAUGGUAUUCACUUUGUUGGAAAGAUCGGCAAUCCGCUUUCCAGUUGGUCAUCACGCUCCUCCAGACCAUGGCAAAAAGACAGCACAUGCAGUCGUUCAGCCUCCUCGAAGAAUUUGAUGGGCGACCGCCAUACGGCAUGGUUGGACCACCAGACCAAGUGAGGUCCAAUUUAGUGAGAAUGGCUGUAGAGAAUUAUGACAAGUUGCGUGGAUCCAGAGCUCAUUAUGACGAGUUGAGUGGAUGGGCCGAACGGCAUAACAAGAACGUAGACAACUACCGUGAGAAUGUUGAUGUGGAGGCUUGGCGCUGCCAGCAUGCCAAGCUUUCGCUCCAGGCCCUGGCUAACCAGGGAAAUCAGCAUGCAGUGGAAAAGCUUAUCACCCUUGCAAAGGGACGUGAUUCCUCAGCGAAAGAGGCGCUUCAGUCCUUGGCAGAGCAGUGGAACCGGCAAGUGCUGCAAGCAAUCAGGGAUGUAGCCAAAGAGGCAUGGGCAAGUGAAAUGCUCGAGAAGUGCAAGAAAUCAUUGCACUCCUUGAACUGAUUCGUGUAUGCCUCACCUCAUUUUUCAGGCCUCUGCUUGAACCGAUACAACAAUAGGCUGAGUGGCAGCAUGGUUCGUGAAGAGCAUGGAGCACACCGCUGCCGCCACAGCCAGCUGCCAAUUCAGAUGCGCUCUUCGGCAGACCUUCAAGAGGCGGCCGAUGAUGUGCGCUGCAGGACCGUGCAUAUGAUAGUUUGUAGCCCUUGAAUAUGCCGAUUGUAUACAUAUAGUGUGCUCUUCGGGCCGCCGACCCAGUUAGCAGGAACUCGUCUUUAGCAAAUUAUGGAGCGUUGGGUAAGAUUCGCUGAACUUUAAUCUGUGCGAUGUGCCUGUGGUAUCGAAAAGCAUACAUGCAAUAUUGAUAAUAGACGCAGGCUUUGCAGAGUGUUGUAGCUCUGCCUUCCGUAGGCGAUGGGACUCCCUUCGCAUGUUUUCCCGUUGCCUCGGCUGUAUUGCUAUGAAUUCAUGAUUCGGCGGCACAGUCAUUUCAAUGGUUGCGUUCGUAAGAAAAGGCCCGCUGCUCACUCAGUACAUUGUGCCCGAAGUGUAUGCCAGUUUGCACAGUGCACAUUAUGGGAAGAUCAUGG